AUGGCUUCCAUCAGUCCAGAAGAAAUCUCGGCUUCAAGUGCUGGCAGUGCUGGCUCUACUCCAACCAUACAUUUAUUAAGCUCUGCUGCUUCCAUAAAAACUCAAGUCCAGGGCACCAGCUCUCGCAGAAGCUCUCAGAAUGGUCGGAACAGUCGGAGCAGCUCUCGUAGCAGUUCUCACAACAGCCGCCAUGGCUCUCAGAGCAAAAGCCUGACGGGUGCUACAUCCAGUCCAAUUGCCCGUCCAAAGAAGUGGAGGUGGAAACACCUGUGGCUGGAUCGAGAAAGCGAUGAGCCAUAUACCACCACGGACGAUGCAGCGACCUUGACCCGCCUUGUUUUCUUCCGUUUGAUCGGAAUAACAGUUAUCACCGGUGCCUGUAUCCUCGGGGCAAAAGGCGAGAGCUUCAAUCUGACCUCGACCACCAUCGCCAACAUAUUAUUUGUCGACCAGGACACCGAGCUGGCGGUGUUUGGUCUGGUGAAUCGACUGCUGGAAAUGCUUACCCAGACCGCGCUUAACCAUAUUGCUUCGACCCUGUUGACGAAAUGGAUGACUCGUCGGGACCAGCGGGGCGUGAACACAGUGGACUUUGAGAUGGCAGAGGAGUUCAAGAAUCCCUGGACGGCCAUCAUGAACUUCCACGAACGGUGGAAGUCAUCGACCCGUCAGGGAUGGCUAUUUCCCUGGCUCCGGUUCCUAGUCACUCUUGCCGUCAGCAUCAGUCUGCUACUCCUCGGCGCGUCAAUGAACACGAUUGCCAUCCCGAAGAGUCGAUGGUGGCCAGAUACAAGAUUCAUCACUCCUCACCCCCCAGAUGAUCGAUUCUACUUUUACAACCAGACCUCACGGGUCUCGUUUGCCAGUCGAAUGUCUGAAUGGCAGCUUGCCUGGGAGAUGAUCCGGGAAGGUGGUGAUCCAUCGUGGGAAAUAUCACAUACCAUGGCUGCCUCGCACUGUUUAUCCGCUUUUGGAAAUCUUUAUAACUCUUUCAAUCAAGAACCUGGCUGGCAGUCCCUGGGUGAUAAUGAAGUGGCUGCCUUCAGCGCCUUCAACGUGCCCAAUGGUUCCACUGGGCGCAGUCUGCAGUCCAUGGCGAUUCAGGGAGAUCAAGCCAGCGCCAUGUACCAGAAUCAAAAAAAGCAUGGAAAACAUUCCUGGCAAAGGGACUCGACGGGAUGGUUCGCUUCGUUGAAGCUGCUAGGCAUACUACUCGAGACGGACUGCAUAAUGGUGGAUGGCAGUGACAACAACACCGGUACCAACGCAUGGCAGGCGACCACAAUAAACAACACCAUCAUUGUCAAGAUCGGGCCGUACAGCAACGCCUCUCUGGAGACAUUCGCCGGGGCGACAUGCAAUAUCUCUAUUAAUCAAGCGCACAUCCCGAUCCAGCAAUGGAUAUACUCCGGCACCACCGACUAUGACUACAGCAUCAACAACUGGGGCAGCGACAUGGACCCCAAUCUUGUACGGCUGGGACCGUUUCCUGAAAACGCGGCGAUAGCCACCGAGGCCGCCGGCUGGUUCCAGGAUAUCCUGCCGAACCUGCAGAGCUUGUCGUCGAACCAUGCGGUAAUCAAUUUCACCUCAAUGGCCGUGCUUCUCGCGCAGGAUCUGGUAUCAUUGAACCGUGGAUACACGGUCCAGGACGGGCUGGCUGCUGUUGUCGCAACUAUCUUCACGGACAUGCUGACUUCAUUUUCCUGGACGUAUACCGACGACAGCAACAGCAACACGACUCUGCAAGGACCGAUCCGAUGGCAGAUCUACGGCUCCGGGCCCCGGCUACCGUGGGAAUGGACUAUUUCCAGUGUGCUGGCUGUCAUCAUGCUAAUACUAGUGUACGACCUUGGCCUGAUUGUCUACUAUCGCGGACUGGGGGCGGGGCCCUGGCUGAGGCUGGAUGGAAUGAUGGUGGCCGCGAAUCUCGCACCGACCAUGGAAGCACUCAAGCAGGGUCAGGGGAUUGGAAUCGUCUCGGAGGAGGUUAAGGAGGCACGGUUCUUCAUCCGACGGACUGACCACGAUCAAGGGGUUCUCGUCAGCCACGAAGAGUUGAAGGCGAACCCAGAUAGGUACAGUUAUUUAGAUAUUUAA